GUAAACAAAGGGCAAAAGAACGGUGGAAGUGCAAUGUGGUGGAACUGGGACUCAUUCACUCGUCACCUCCUUCACUCUGUGUGGAUGCCAUCGUCAGCGUAAUUUUAUAUCCAGGCACGCCGGACAAGACAUUCAAGCAGCGGCCCUCCUCGGGCCACCAACUUCUUCGUGUGUUGUGUGGCGAGACGAUGGUGUGGGCUCUUCGCGACUUGAGCUGUGCACCGUUGAAGACAAUUGCCGGGGAGUGUUGAAAAAUUUCUUACACACCAGUCGAAACUUGGAUUUCACGUUGGUAAGAUCGCCGCACUACAUGUGAGCUGGUUACGCGCGCGGGUGGACCCUAAACUCGUGGUGCCGUUUGUCCACUUAUGUGGGAUGAAGAAUACAACAUAUAUAGUACACGUUACCUACUUUUGUACUGUAUCAUUUAGCCAAGGAGGCAAUUUGUCGUGUUUAGUGAUUAAUGGUGUGUGAUUGAGUGAUUUACUCGAUCGUUAGUGAACUCAGCACCACUAUCAAUUUUCCAGAGCUAUCCAGCCGAGAGUGGUGCUCCUGUGUGGAUGAAGUGGUUGGGUACUACAGUGCGGCAAAUUGUACCAUUCCGUGUGCAAAAUGUUGUGUAUUUAUAGAUGCGGAUCGCUAUAGUAACGUCUCAAUGAUGGUUUUGCUUGUACUCUUUAACUUCCACGAGUGCGUGAUGUGAAUUUUCGGCGCUAUUGAUUGACAAUCAUCCAUUAACAAGGAUUUUAUUUUUGUGGCAAGGACAACCGUUUAAUUUUCCCAUCAUCGGCAGCAACAUACAUACAGUGAGCUUUUUCUCACCCUUUCACAUCAUUUUUCUGCGGGAAUCUCUUUGUGGCAAAAGAGGGGGAUGUGCAGGAAAUUGCGGAAAUGCACGAGACAGAUAAUGAAUUGAGGACAUGAGCAGGAGUCAAUUGAUGACGGAGGAAAUACCCGAGAUUCAAGAGGGGGGUGGAGUGUGGGAAACCACUGCAGAUGCCUUUGUUCAUCCAAGUGACAUUCAUGCAGCCCCACCACCCUUCGUUGGGGUGGCAAUUAAGCGUACCCUGAGGUUACCAACGGACAGUGGGGAUGCCCCCCCACGACCACCACCACCCGCGGAUCCUUUUGAGGAUAUCCCACUGCCGGGUUUUGUCAUCUUUGGCGAUGAUACAAAGUCCACCAGCUACUGGGGCAACCAAAGUGGUGCAAGGAAAAGUUUUCUUGUUGAAUUCAAAUCGGAAGAGGAGUUUCAGGAGUUUCUGGCAGCAGCUAGGACCCCCUCGGAGGAGCCAUCGUUGGUGGUGGAGAGCGAUGUGGUGGUGGAGAGUGAUGUGGUGGCUGUAGCCGAGGGUGAGGGUGGUGCGGAAGAGAAGGACGAGGGAGAGGUGAUUAAUGAAUUGGGGGAUGAAUUGAAGAGCCCCACGUCGACGAGCUCGUACUUGGGCACACUCACGGAGGAGGAUUUGAGCGAUGGGUUGGCAGAGGAUGUCAAUGGAGACGUGCAGGGGGAUGAGGUAGACAGUGGCAGUGUGAAUGAGCAGCAGUGGGGUGACUCGAGGACGUCAGAAGGUGAGCGUGGGGUCGACAAAGUCCCACAGGACACAUCCAUUGCGAUUGGCGAUGUGUUGAGAACUGACACGGGGGUUCAUUGCGCAUUGAGUGGAGCAUCCGUGGAGGCCCCAACUACACAUGAUGACGACCAUGACGGGGGCGCAUGUGCUGAACAAGCUUCGGGACCCCUUCGUGGUAGUCGUGGUGGUGAUUCAUCGAUCGAAAAGUGUGUAGUCGUCGCCGACGACGGCAUCCAGGACAUCAUUUUGGAGCAAGGUGAGUCUGGGGAGACACCAAUUGAGCCAUUUUGGCCAUCAAGUGCGAUUUGUGGUGGUACCUUGAGUUCUCAGCCAUCGCCCGAGCCCACACCCGUGUCCCCUGAUGUUAAAUUGUGCGUGCAAAAGGAUAUAGACUGUAGCAGAUUUAGUGAUCAGUGCAUUCAAGUGCCAUCGCCACCCAGUCGUGAGGACUGUACCCACUCUCCGCCCCAUUGCUGUCCCUGUACGGGGUCCCCGUGGCGGAGGCAUCAAGUGAAAAUUCACUGCUACCACCCAAAAGAGGAGUCCACAGUUCAGGAUCAGCGGAACUGCACCGAUCAGGGUGGUGGUGUGAAUGUUGAAGUGACUUUCAAGGCGCACAUAAGUGUUGAAUUGUCUGAAGAGUCCUCUAAGCAAACACCGUCGAUUGAUGUCGAGGAGGACAAACAGGAGGAAAUCAAUUGUGUGCCAUCUAAAAGUGAAAUCACAUCCAGUGACGUGAACGAAAAUCAAGUGGAAAAUUGGGUGGACACCACCAAAUCCCCGAGACCUGUGCAAAAGCUCCCAGUUUACGGGACCCUUGGUUCACCAUCAUUUGCAGAAAAUUUCGAAGCAAGUGUUCGACUGAAGCGCCUCGAGGAGCGCCUAAAGCAAUUCACGUAUACGAAAAAACUCCUCCGCAACCCACUUGAGGACUCCCCACCAGCUGACGGGGAGUUUGCAUCCAUCCUCAGGACAUUGGGUGGCGAGAGUGAGGUGAAUUUUGAUGAUUCUUGUUUAUAUCCCACCAAGGAGCCAGCCCUAGGGUCGCCCACUGUGCGCGAGGGUUUCAAUCAUAUCGAUCCAACUGAGGAACGGAAGGAACAUCAGAUUGAAUCAUGUCAGAGUCAAAGUUCACAUGAGAACCCCAUUGAAUCCCAAGAGGGUGGUACCACACAGGGGAGUCAAUUAGCGAAACUUCUCUCAUCUGUGAAGGAGCUCGUUGCAUCAGAUGCUAAAGACUAUCAUUGGGGGGAGUUGGGGAAAAUCAAUAGUAACACCAUAGAGGUCGAAACACAGGUGUUAGCACCACAGACGGAAUCUCGUGUUGUGCACAAUGUGCUAUCAGGUGCAAAUGCAAACGGUGAUGAUGUGCAGUGUUGUGUGAAAACGGACGAAAAUAGCAAUUUCCUCAGAAAUCCACCACGUAAGAGCCUCCUCAGUCCCGAUUCUAGUUCCAUUGACUCCGCCGAGGAGUUGUGUAAGCUCUUUCCUGAGGAAUCAAGGCCAUCACCACCACCACCACCCAUUCAUCCCCGUGGGGUGCCCUUUUCCCCAUCAUACAGACCAUUUCGUGCGUCCACACCACCACCGCGUCCCCCGCCAAAAGCAACAUCCUUCCGAAGUUGCGAAUUUAACGCCCACAAGUGGCCAGAGUAUGCCACGGGUGGUGUCACGUAUCCAGAUGGUGAUGCUCUCGUUGAGUGCUACGAUGAACUCGAGUGCGAUGUGAGUGAGGACAGCGAUGACAAUACGUGUCAGUGCUCACUAGAAGCUGUACCCCUCUACCGACACCCACAGCAUCCGGAUUUGGUCAUAAUGCGCGAAAGCACCGGACCCCUGAGGGGUCUCCUCAAGAAACCCAAUCGCCCACCCCAGCAGCGCAAGAAUCGCGUUGUCUUCGAUGAGACACGCAAUGAAUUUUUCGAAGCUGACUACAUCAUUCUCAUCCGUGAGGAUUGCCCCUACGAUGAGGAAGACGAGGAACCCUGCACCUGUGGCGAGCAUGAACUUGUCCGCCUUUGCUGCGAAGAGGGAUGUCAGUGUCCCGGAUAUACGGAUGACUGCCGCACACCCCAGAGUCCCAAGUAUGCCCCACCCAUGGAGUUUGUGGAUCAGGCAACGCUCAGUCCACCGGAGGGCUACAAGGAUGGCGGAGCACUCACAAAUGCCCUCGGGGGAGCCCUGGGUGGCCAUGUGUUCGGGGCCCAGCAUAUUCAGCAGCUACAGGUGAUCCAGAAGCUCCAGCAACAGCGGGCAGCAAUGCUAGCGGCUCGUGGUCAAACCACAGGGUCGCAACAGAGUGAAAUGUCCAUGCAGCAGCCGGUGUGUAUGGAGUGCGCCGAAUGCGCUGAGUGUGCAGCCAAGCAGAUGCAAGAAGAAUGCGAUUCCCCGUGCUCAGAUGAAACGGGAACAAUUGAAAUGCCACAUGUGGCAAUUGUUCCGAUUAAGACUACCUCCCCGGAAAGGCGGGUGACCCAAAAAGAGAUUAUUGCUGGCGAAGAGAGACCAAAAUACUUGGCUAUUAAACAACAAUUAGAGGCAGCAACUCAAGAUAAAAAGUUAGAAAAUGGAUUGGAGAAAGUCCGAUCGAAUGAAAAACCGAGAUAUGUCGUUGAAACAAUCACAAUGACGACAGUAACUGAACGGCGAAUUGUGAGGCAAGCUAAUGAAAAUGUGCCAUCAGGAUCUCACGGCAGUGUAGGAGCUGUACCAGCAACUGCAAAUCACCAGGCAGCCGUAGCAGCAGCAGCAGCAGGAGGUGUUGCAGGAAGUGGGGUUGAUCCGGCGGAGAGAACGAAUGAUUCCACAUCCAUUUCUGGCAUCCUCAAGGGUGGAAAACUCUGGAAAAGUGAACAGACUCAGUGUGACGACACAACGAAUAUCACAUCGGAUGAGGAGGGAAAUGUGAAGCGUUCAGUGCGCUUCACGGAGAAUAUCAAGGAUACAGAGAGGGAGAAUUGCGAUGGGGAGGUGCAAUCGGGUGAGAAUGCCGAGGAGCAGAGAUCCGGGGAGAUAAUGCUCCUCAAUAAGCAAUCGAGUCUCUUCCACAAUGCCCUACGCCCCAAUUCGGCUCUUCGUCAGCUCUUUCCGGCCGUCUCGACGGCAGCAACGGCAGCUGCACCGUUGACUCAUGAAGCUCUGAGGGCAUUUGAUGAGUCCAAGAGGGGCCCCACGCUUUCCACCAUGGGUGGUGGUAGUCUCGGGGUGAGCAGUGACUCGGAAACGGAUACAAUUCGACGGACAAUUGAACGCAAUGCCCUGAGGAGGUCACUCAUAAAGUACGAACCAAAGAAGAAGGCAGUCCGACCGGAUACGUCGCUGGAGGAGAGAAUCCGACAGCUCACCUGUGAUAUCGAUGAACCACCUGGGGAGGAAAAUGCCAAAAAUCAGCAGGGUGACCUCGAGCGUCGAGACAGUCCGGCAGGUGAGGAGAAUCCGCAGCAAUCCAAGUAUGUGCCGGAUAAGAGCUUCUCACCAAGCUCAUCAGCCAGCAGCUCAUCGAGUGGUUCCACGUCGGCCUAUCGCAAAAUCACUGAAAUCUUUCACAGAGAUCGUCGCCAGGAGCGCAUCCCGGAAGCAGAUGAGAAUCCCAUUGUGAUUAUCCCUCAGUGCAAAAAAUCCCGCAAUGAUUGCCGAUGCCCUGCUGCUCCGGAUUUGGGGAUGGGUGUGCAAAUGCCACAGACUCAUACGCAAAUCCAUCAAACACCCCCGAGGCAGAAUGAGUCGCGUCGUCAAUUCCUAUCCACCCUCGCUCCAUUGACAGCCUGUGUGGCUGGACAGAGGGAUGAUUUCUCCUACUACACCCUCAGUGCGGGAGAUCGUGCAUCCACGGCAAGUUCUCAGUGUUCGGAAUAUAGUUUGGGUGACAUUGAGGCGGUUCUGCAUCAUGAUGAUGAAGUGAAGCAAGUGGCACCGGAUGUAAUUGCUGGGACACCUGGGCAGGAGACUGAUGAACUUGUGGCAUUUGCCCAGCAGGAGGCCUCACGCACGGAUCGUAUUAAGAAGCGAUACAGUGGCACUGAGACAACGGCAUCCAAUACAAAUUCAGCAGUUGCUUCGGAUGAUGAUGAUGAGCAGAAUGACUAUGGAUUCAACAAGAGGCCAUCUGUGAGGGGUAUUAAACCCAAAUUUGGCACAACCAAUGAAAUUUUGCAACAAAUGCAGGCACAAUUGGCACAACCUGGCCCAAUUCAAACAACACAAGUUGUUCAGCAGACCCAUACAACAAUUCAACAACCCCCACCGCCACAUUUGCUGCAGAAGAUGCACCCAACAAAUGCAAUCAUUCACACGGUUACGUCGCAGCAGCAGCAAAUGACUACGACUACGGGUUCCAAUACACAGUGGCCAUACUUUUCGGAAUCCCAGCAAGUACCGCAGCAGCAGCAAUUGCAACGUAGUCAGAGCACGGGGGGUGCUGCCUCAACGGAGGUUGUUGCCACUAAUAGCAACUACUUCAAUCACCUCCCAAAUGUCCAUGGACGACAUAGUUUCCAUGGGCAUCAGGAGGCAACAAUCUAUCAGAAUUGCCACAGUGUUGUGGAGCAGCAGCAGUAUGGACGUUUCGCCAGGAGCCCAACACGUCGCCCUGAAUCCCCACCACCACUUAGGAACUACCACCAAACAAUGGUGCUCAUUCCGUACAAUAACACCGAAUCCUUUGCCAGAUACGCAACGAGUAACGAGCAAAUUCCCGGGCAGCAGUUUAGGCGCCUCGAGUAUCAACAGGUGACACAGCAGACAAUUCGCGUUCCCAUGGGAUACCCACUCCCGGGGAUGCAGCUGCAUGUGGUGGCGGGACGUGGGGGUGCUGCACACAGCAACUACGCGUCCUUCCCGCGCCCACGUCGUCCGGGAAAUUACGCGUAUGUGACGCCAGGGCCUCAGGAGAAGGACAGUGCAGGCGGUGCUGUGAAGUAUAUUGAGCGUGGUGCUCCCGAGGGGGCAGCAAGUGCACCUCCUGGUGACGUGAAUGCCGGCAAUGGUGCACUCAUGUCACCUGUCUCAGGUGCACCCCAUACUACCUCCACGGGAACGGCUCAAACAACAACGUCAGGAGUCACGACUACCACGUCAGCCGCUGCAACGGGUGCCGUCUUUUACGCCAUGAAUGUCUGACCCGGGGAUUAGGUUAGUGUUAGAAUAAGAAUCGACAGUACACGUGUGACUACGACCGAAUGGGAAUUGCAGCCGGCCUUUGAUAUUGAGUAGAGAUUAUUCCGCAUCACACAGAAGCUAUCAUUAUACAAUUUCCCACAUUUUUUAACAUCUCAUUGACAGUGCCCUUGACAGCACUUAUUUGACAGCUGUUUAAGAUCUGUCAAUGUCACGGAGAAAAAAAUCACAAAAAAUGGAUCCUUUUGUGUGAUGAAGGAGACUCUCUCGAGGCUGUGCACUUUGGCAAUUCCUCCACAAUUUGCCAUGAUGCUGAACUUUUUCUCCCCCUCCCCCAUUUGCAUCAUUUAUUCAUCACAACACGCGCUUAUCAAUGAAGGCUGACUCUGACAAAUUUUUAAAUUCCCAAAACGGAAGCUCCACCGCGUUGGGGGAGGAGCUUUUCCCACAAAGCCCUAUGGGGAAAAAAUGUCACAUAAGGGUUGUUUGUUUUGCGAUGAGCCAUCAUGAUAAAUUGAAUGAUUCAUUGAUGGAAUCUCAUACCUAUGAAAUAAUGAACGUCGCUCCUGGAAAACAGAUUAAAAUUUUCUCCCCCAUAAAUCAGCAUUUUCCAGUAAUUUUAAUUUCAACUGCGUAGAAUCAGAGCUUUUCACUUUGAUUCUCUCUCUCGUAACAGCCCUACUUUUCCAUGGCAUUUUCUUGGUGUAUUAUAUUGCUUUUUGUAAAAAGAGAAGCAAAAAGAGAUCAUUUUAAAGGCAUGUUGCUUUGAAAGUUUUGACAAAAUGGUGGAUUUGUUAAGUUCUUAAUAUUUUGCUAAAAAAAAAUUUUUAAGUAAAGAAAAUCAGAAUAAAAAUUAAAAAUAAAUAAAUAUUUUGAAUAAAUUAUUUAAUUGUGAGAAGGUUCUCUGACGAGCGUUUACUAAAAUAUUUUUAGAAACUUAAAGAUAUUUUGGAAAAUAUUUAAAGAUUUCGUAAAUUUAUGAAUAAAAUAUUUUAUUUAUUUCUUUAAAGUUACAUAAAAUAUUAAUUUUUAUUCUGAAGUUUAUCUUGAAAUAUGUGAAAUAUUAAAUUCUUGAAAUUCCGUAGUUCUUUUUUAAACAUAACCUUUUGUAAAAUCCAGCUAAUGAAAUUAAACUUAAGGGGUGUUUUUCUAAAUGAAAUUAAUCGGAUCAUUGGAAAUAUUAUUCAGAUUUCUGUUUAGUCCUACAAAGGCCCAAUUUGAAGAGCCAAAAACUAAAAAAUAUUUAAUUCAAGCGCAAAAAGUACUAAAUUUGAGACGAGAAAUAGUAAAAUUAAACCGAAAAGUACUAAAUUCAAGACUAGAGAUACUAAAAAGCUUAAAAAAGACUGAAUUCAAGCAGAAAAAUAUUAUUUGGUUUUCGUACCUAAAAAAUUACAGAUUGAGGAACAAAAACCUAAAAAAAUAUUUAAUUCAACCCCAAAAGAACAAAAAAAUAAUAAACAAAUAGUAAAUUCAAGUCGAAAAUAUUGAAUUUGUUGUUAAAGGCUUCCGGUGUUCGUCAGAGGAAAUUCCCGCUCACCCAAGGAAAAACAGCAAUUUAAGCUAAAGCUUUCGAGCCUAAUAGCGGCUCUUCUUCAGUGGCUGGAAGUACACAUUUAUUCAAAACAUUCAACAUUCCUUUAACAAAAAACUCAUACGUUAGAAAAGAAAAAGAAAAUAUUGAAUUUGUUUUUCGGUUUUUAUUCAGUUUCAAGGUAUUCGUAUUUUAGCAAUGAUAAUGUGAAUUAAAAUGUUCAGAUCUUCACCCCUCAUUACUGAUGGAGCUUCUGCUUUAGCUUUUAUUUUAUCAGAAUUUUUAAUAAAAAUUCUAAUUUCUAAUUGUACAAAAAAAUAUUAAUUUGUAAUGAAAGACUGGCAAUGAGAACCAUCUUAAAACUUCUAGAGCAUCAUGUAAAAUAGAAUAUUUGCCUAAAGGGGACGUAUGUUAAUUUGCGAGUGAGCUUUAAGAAUACAAAAUGGUUUUGAGAUCUCAAAGACGAAGGAGUGUUGAAUGGCAAAUGAAGUGUAUAGUCAGAGAGAGAGAGAGAGUCCUGAAAGAGGUCAUUCGCCUUAAUUGCUAUUCAAGCCUAUAUAAUGCAAUAUUAUUUCAACUUUGAAACAUCUCUUGAAUUUUAUGAACCAUGCCCAAUUUCCCCUAAAAUUCAUAUUUUGUUUGCAAACAGGUCAGGUAGAAAUAUGAUUCCGACGUACAAUAUAUCCCUUUUAUGUUUUUUCGAAUGACAUCGAUUUUAAUUGCGAAAGUCACUUUUGAGUGCUCUCUGGGUGAACACAAAAAAGCCCAAACAGUAUAAAAGAUGAAUUUUAUUGAUGCUUUUUUUCUGAGAGGCAUUUAGCUCCUAGCACAAUAAAAUUCUCAGCUAUGGUGGAGGUUUUAUGUGCGGAGAAUGAUGACUUUCAUUUAAUUUUUGAGGAAAAAAAAACACGGAAACAGUGCCAAAGCUACAAGAUUUUAUUUUAUUGACAUGAUGCUGGAGAAUUAUAAUUUCUUCCUCCAUCUGCUUUUUCCUUUCUCUCUCUAGAGGUGUGGGGGUGUAUAGGGCAAAGAAAAACCCACGGAGAGUGUUACAAUUUAACCAAAGAUUGUGAAAGAGAAUAUCUUAUCAAGAUUAAUAUUUUUGUUACUCAUCUCCUUAUAAGAAAAAAAAGAAGAAUUAAGAAAUAAAAUAAAAAUUCUAGAUUUAGCAAAAACGUUUUAAGGGCAGCUGCAGAGGGCAAUGGGUAGAAAAUUAAAGAAGAAAAAAAAACGAAACGAAAGAAAAACUCUAACUCAAAGAAAAAAUACUAAAGAUAUUCUAUUUAAAUAGAUAAAAUAUAGAUUUGUAUUUCUGCAUUUAAAGGUAAAAUCUCUUUGUGGGAAUGUGUGUUGGGGAGGGACAAAAUGUAAAAGCAUUAUAAAAAAAAUGGAAUGAGAGUGUGGCUGAAAGAGAAUGAAAUUCUUUUUCUUAGUGUAGAGUAAAUUACUUCAAAUUUAAAAAAUAAUAUUUGAUAUAUAUUUUAUUUGCAUAAUGCAAUAUUAUUAGCUCAUGAAAAAAUAAACAAAAAAGGGUUAUGAAACAAAGAAGAAAAAAUCUAAUUGUUAUUAGUCUGAUUUUGUUAUAAAAAUUCAGUACCUCCUCCGUAUUAUUAUUAAUUGUUUUCAAAGCUAAAUAGCAAAACUUUCUCCUAUAUAUUAUUGAUUCAUUUCAAAUGAAUUUUAUAUUUAUAACCCAUGUAGGUGUAAGUUGAAUCAUGUAGAGUAAUAUUAUUGAAUUGAAAGGAAAAUCAAAAGGAUACCCCUCGCGGAGGCACAUUGAGGGUGUACACAACACAAUUGAAAAUAAAUUUCAUACAUAGAUUAAUAUAUAUAAAACAUAAUAUAUUGCUAAACAAUAAAAUGAUACAUUGAAAAUUGUAACUCAAAUAUUGCAUCGUUAAAUGGCACAGACCAAAAAUAAGAAAGGAAAAAUAAUGGGGUCAAAGGAUCCUCGAAGGUGAAAAUAUAUAACCAAAAAAAAAAGAAAAAAAACAUUUGAAUCACAUUCUUGAUAGAAUACCAAUAUAAAAAAAAAAUAUUUAAUUAUAAUCAAAUUUAUUUAGUAAACUUUAGUAUUAGUAAUUUUAGUGAGACAAAGAAAAAAUUAAGAAAUUGAGAGUAUUAAGUAAAAUGGAAAUUAAUACGUAUUUAAAAAAAUAUAUACAUCAUACUUUGAAAAAAAAAAUAUUACCUACUCAAUUUGAAGGAGAAAUUCUCAAAGAAAAAACUAUUUCAAAAUGAUGGUAAAAGUGUUGGCAGCUCAUCUUUCUUGUCCUUCACUUUUUUGUCACCUUUGGACAGGUAAACUUUAACUCAAAAAACCAAUAUAAAUAUCUAGUGAAAUAUGGAAGGAAUAAAUAAACCAAUAAAAAACCCAAAAAUGAAUAAAUUAAAAUAACAAUAACAGGGAGAAAUUAAUGAAAUUUAAGUCCGAAAUGAACAAAAAAAUGUAUUUUAUGAAAAGAAUUUACCUCUGUUGCAACAAUUAUUUGAGCAUUUAAAAAAGGUAUUAAAAUAUUUUUCAAUUGACAAUUUAAAGAAUUAAAUAAAUUAAUUAAUUAAUCAUAAAUUCCGCCAUUUCGGAUUGAAAUUUUAGCAAUUUAUCCUCAUUGAAAAGAAUGCAUUUAAAAAACAAAUUGAAGGAAAUGUUUAACGUGAAAUGAAAUGUGUGGAGGAAACCCACACAUUGUGUGUUUUGGGGAUACCGCGAGAUUAACAUUUUAUGGUCGAAUUUAAAGCAAUUUUUGCAGUAGAACUGGCAGCAAGAAACCCUAAUGGAAAGUAAUUUCAUGAGAAGAAUUGUAAUUUAAAGAAAAAAAAAAGUAAAAUGAAAGAGAAAAAAUAUUAGAAAUUUCCUCAUUUAGAGGCCUAAAAAAAUGGAGUUUAUCGAUAUUUAUUGGAGUUACAGUAAAAACAAGAAAAAAAGGAAAACACUAAAAAAGUAUUUGCAGAGAAAACAAUAUUUUAAUUUAAGAAACAUGCAAAAAAAAUGAAAAUAGCGAUAAAUGUAAUAAUUAUAUGAAAAAAAAACAACAAUAAUUUAUUGAAAAAACUUUGUAUUCUCAAUUUAGAAAUCCAAAAUGAGAUGAAAAAGAAAACCUUUGUUUAUAUAAAAAAAAAAUGAGAAAAUGAAAAACAUAUAAUGAAGGAUAUAAAAUUGUUUGUCAAUAAUUCAAAGGAAA